GAGAUCGUUGCUGAAGUCUUGCCUUCCGGCUUGGGGCCGUCAGUACCGUGCCCGGACGACGCCAAGGCAGGAGCUUUGUAGGCGCUUUGGUGCCACUGUGUCGGAGUCGUGCCUGCCAACUUCUGGCAUGGAAUGCAUGUUCGGACGGAGGUACUACGGCCGACCUUUGCGCGAAAUUGUUUCAGAAAAUCCUGAAUACUGUCGCUGGAUGCUCCAAAAGGCUGAGGAGGAUGGUGCCCCGUCCGGGCUGCUGGAGAACGCAGCAUGGCUUACGCUGCAUGCACCGCUGUUGAAGGUUCCUCGUGAUCUUGUUCGAGGCGGAAAACAUCGUGGACGCCUGCUAUCUGAGCUGGUGCAAGAAGACCCAUUCUACUGCAAAUGGGUUCUCCGCGAGGCGAAGGUGAAGGAUGCUUUGCCAUCGGUACGAGAGAGCGCCUCCUGGCUGGAGCAGAACGCGCCGCACCUGAAGAACGACCAUCCUGUUCCGGGCUUCCUUUCAGGCGGGAAGCACGGUGGACGAGCUCUUUCCGACUUGGUCACCGAAGACCCGGCCUACUGCCAAUGGAUUCUUCGAGCGGCAAAGGCCGUGCAACCUUCAAAAGCAAUUCGCGAAGCCGCAGAUUGGCUCGUGCAGAACGCCCCGAACUUGAAGCAGGAUCAAGCACUCCGGGUGCGAGGUCGCAAGCAUCACGGGCGCCUUGUAUCCGAACUGGUCAGCGAAGAUCCAGGAUAUUGCCAAUGGCUUCUUCGAACAGCCGAGGACCAAGAUGCAGAUCAGUGGAUGACAGGACAAGCUGCUUGGCUUCUGGCGAAUGCUCCGCACCUCAAGGAGACGACUGUCGUGACGGUCAGAUGCAGGCAUCGGGGAAUUCCGCUUCCCCAGGUGGUCGCUGAAGACCCACACUGGUGCAUUUUCGCUUUGCAACCUCUGCAGGAGCGGAGUAGAGGAUUCGUCGAAGCUUCAGCGUGGCUUCGGGAAAAUGCUGCUGAACUUCUGCAAGUCAGGGAGGAUGACGAGGAAGCCUUGACCGAGAUAGGGCGGACAUUCCUCGGGCGUUAUGGAAACAACUUUGUUCUACGAACUGGCAAGCAUCGAAUGAAGACUUUCCAGACGGUCAUCAAGGAGGCGCCAACAUAUGUUGACUGGGCCGAGAGCCGCAUCCGGAAUGCCUCUGCGAGUCAAUGCAAACGAAUUGGCACCAAGAACUUACAACUCCUGGCGGCUUUCGCCCGACUGCACUGA